AGCUUCUAUGAGCAGGAUGAAGCCAUUUACAGUCCCGUUGUUUCUCAGAUGUCAUCUCACCGCCCGGUAAUCCCAGACGGACUGGUAUCCCCAGAAAUUCGGCCGGUAACCCCAGCCAACGAGCAAUUUACGCCUGAUAUUCAGGACGUUAUGCAGCAGUACCGGUUGGAGAUGCAGCAGUACCGGUUGGAGAUGCAGCAGUACCGGUUGGAGCAGCAGACUCCCUCUUUCGCGACUCCGUCCCGAGUUGUUCGUGCUCCACCACUACCAGUGGAGCCUGAGUCUCAUGACCACAUCUGGUCUUUGGCUCCCAUCAUCGGACUUCCCAUUCCCGGGAAUCCGUCAUACGUCGGGUGUGUGCAGCCUGACAACGCAACGCUGCGCGCGUCGAUUGACACGCUCGGCAAGUCACCUCUCAAGAAGGAUGGCUCUAAUUGGUAUGACUUCAUCAAGCUGGCGAUCUUUGCCAUCAAGAACUCCGGCACGUCUCCGUUAGUGCUACUGCCGGUAUCAACAACGACUGAACUUUUGGCGGCUUAUGGCAAUGAUGCAGUUCUGGUCAGCCUGCACACGAGAUGGCACUCGACCAUCACACAACUGGCAGCAUCUGCCUACGGUGCUGGCAUCACCGAGACGGUGUACGCUUGCUUGGAGCAAGUACGAACGCACUACGCUCCGGAGGCUGCAACUCUUCGCGCCAAGCUAGAUGCAAAAUUAUAUCAAUUGCAAUGCGCAAGUUGGUCGGUGGCCGACAUCAAGA